CUGUAAGCCACGCUUGUAACUCUCGCGUUUCAUACAAAUUAGUCUCCUACCUCUUGUUUUCUAGUGCAGGCUCGCAUCACCCUCUCCCCCUUUGUUCCUCCUUUCUGCUUCUUACCCUUCUUCCACUGAGAGGAAAAAUUAAAAAAAGCUGAAAAGCUUUGCUUUCUGUUUCUUCCAUUGCGAAUUUUCGCGUGUGGGUUUCUUGUUUCUUCGCUUCGACAGGAAAUCGAAAGGGGAGAAAACAAGGGGAUAUUUAAUGAAUUCGUUGGUGAAGUGUAGAGGCUAUGGAAAGUUCAAUUAUUUAUUGCUGUUGGCUGUGUUGCCUGCCAGUUUCUCCAGCAUUUUCUCAUCGUCGGCGAUGUCGUACGUGUUACCAUCGGCCGAAUGCGACCUGAACCUCACCAUGUUCGACAAGGGCCUACUCAACUCGAUGACGUUCGCAGGUGGUAUCGCGUGGUUAAUCAUACCGCAAAAAUGGACGAUUACCACCGGAAGCGGGGCUUUGGAGAUCAAUUCGUGGCGCGUGUUCUUAGCAAUCUGUUCGCUGCCGGAGUUCCUUGCCUGCAUAGCGAUAUUCGCAUUCCCCGAGAGUCCGCGUUUCCUUUUAAUGAAAGGCAGGAGGGAAGAGGCACUCGAGGUUUUCAAGAAGAUAUACUCGGUGAAUACCGGCAAGGAUCCGGAUACAUAUCCGGUAAAGGACAUCGAGGACGAGUAUUCCGUUGAAUCAGCAAGUGACAAUAUAAAGGACAAAUUGCGUUCCUGUUGGCAACAGAUCAAACCACUCUUUCUGUCGCCGAACAUCUUCAAACUCAUCGCCAUAGGCAUGAUUCAACUGGGUGCCACGAUAGGAUCAAAUUCGAUCAGACUAUGGAUGCCACAAUUAUUCACAAUGAUGGAACAAUUCAAGAACGAUUAUCUAAAGCAUGAAUAUUCGAGCUCACAGCCGCGCUUCUGUUACAUGUUGGGCCAACAACAAGGAACCAGUCAUAAUUCCUCAACAAGUUUCACAAAUGAAACGUUAAACGUUGCCCACGCAUGUGUACCGGCGGAAUUAAACUCAAAGGUAUUUAUUAAUUCUAUCGUAAUUGCGACUACCGGUGUAGUAGGAUAUACCUUGGCAGGCACACUAAUUACUGUAAUAGGGAAGAAGAAACUUAUAACAACUUGUUUCAUAGUAGCAGCCGCUUGCUGUGCUUCACUUUACUGGGCUGAGCAUACUAACAGUAUUCUCGGUUUAUGUUCGGUUUUCGUAGCCAUGUCGAGUAUAGGCGGUGCCUGUGUCGUAAAUAUUAUCGUUGAUAAUUUCCCUACGUGCUUAAGGACUAUGGCUGUUAGUCUCACUAUGAUGGUCGGCAGGAUCGGAGCGGUUCUGGGUAAUCUACUAUUUCCAGUGUUGUUUGACUUAACCUGCUUAGGACCAUUCAUUAUGAUUGGCUCUGCUUCUCUAGUAUCAGCGUUACUAGUGACCAUUCUUCCUCGACAAAAAUCACAGAAUGAUAAACCAAAGCAAACUGCCUAAUGAUAAUGUGUACGGAUAAAACUGUAAUCAACUAAUAGUAAUUGAAAGAAAGCGCUUGUAAAUAUAUAUCUUGUCUCUGGUUGUUUCUUCUCGAUUGUGUAAUUUUCGGUGCAUGAUUUCUCAUCAUGUAAAUAUGUAAAUACAACACAAUUACACUCAUUUAGCAUAAGGCAUUUUCACCACUUUAUAUGCAUGCGUGUGAUUCUCGUUUAGAAAACGAGUGCGUGAUUGGUUUAUAAGAGGUUUUCAACGAACUUCAUGAUUGUAUGGUGUGAAAUAAUUUCACAGGUGUGAAUUAGAUAAUACAAUAGUUAGUUGAUAUAUCGCGACGUUUAGAGACGAUAUAACAAAACGAAAAACUGAUAUUGUUGUAUAAUAAAUCUACAUUAUUAUUGUUUAUAAUUUUAAAUUUAAUAUAAACUUAUGAACUCCAGAAGUCUUAAUUUAAAUGGCCAUUCAAUUUCUAAUUAUGAAAAAUAAUGAUAAUCCAGGUGUCUCGCCCUCUU